CCGACUGCGUCUCAAAAAAGGGAAUGGAGCAUUUCGAAUUGUGAUAAGGUCAUUUGUUUUUGUUCUUCAAUUGGUAAUAUAGUCAUAGGAAGACUCCGCGCUUAGCUUAAAACUAGGAUGUCCAGAAGCUCUUCUGAAGAAAGAAACAAAACACAAAAAUGUCCAUUCGAGGUUUACAGAUCUGAAGGCGAUGCAUUUCUUAUCAAGAAAAUGUAUUCGAAGGCUAUAAUGGCGUACAACCAGGCGUUGGAUAAGAAGGAAAAUGAUAGACACUGCCUUUUACGGAGAGCUUCAUGUUAUUUGGCAACCGGAAAUAUCAGCAUGGCCCUAUGUGACACGGAUACGGCACUUUCAGAAGACCCAAACUAUUAUAAAGCUCUUUAUAUUAAAGCUCAGAUACUCUACAACAAAGGUGAUUUUGAACAUGCGCUGAUGUUCUUUCAUCGUGGACAGCAGCAGAGACCGGAAUUACAGAUGUUUAGACUAGGUAUCCAGAAAUGUGAGGAGGCUGUUGAAAAUUCCUUGAAAGAUCACAAAAAAGUCAAAAUUGCUAGUGGAGGGGCGAAAGGCUUUGCGAAACAAAUGGAGGAUAAAGCAAAAUUACGCCAAAUGGGUCAAAAGUCAAAGAGAGUAACAGGUGAUACUGAUACUUCAGAUGGAAAUCAAAAUAACCAGAGUAUCCCCACUAGUUUAAUUCCAAGAAAUAUGUCAAAAAUUAUGUUUGGUCCACUUUAUACAGAUCAUGAAUAUUUAGAGGAAUUAUUAAGGCAAGAAACUGCACAUAAAUGGAAAACAGCCAAUUCUGAAGAAGUACGGAAUCUAGCUCGUGAUGGCAUCGCAUAUCUGGAUGAAAGAUACAAAUUCUGGCAUCAAGAGAAACCUGUUUAUGCUCGAACUAAGGCUAGACGAAUAAAACAGCUAGCGAACUCUCAAUUUUCAAAAAGAUCGAAAUUUCCAGGAGUUAAGAGUGUUCUAGACAAAUUGCACAAAAUCGACAAAUUACAACGCAAACAUGAACAUUCCUUAGCAGUGAAACACGCUCAUCAUCUAUUAUAUGAAGUUAAAGCCUAUGAUGAAACACAUAUUCCAAAUUAUCAUGAAAUUUUAGCCAAUAUUAAUUCACUACUUGGAUUAUCCAACUUAGAAUUAGGAAAUUAUUCAGAAGCAUUAAAAGCCUAUCAGGCGGCUUAUGAUCUUGGUGAGAAAAUCAAUUUACCAGAGAUCAUUUCAAAUUCAAUGGAUAAUAUGGGACGUGUUUAUGCAAAAUCAGGUGAUUACGAUUCAGCUGUAAAAGUAUGGGAAGAGAAACUUGAGAAGUGUACCGAUGAUUUGGAUAAAGUAUGGCUCUGUUAUGAAUUAGGUCGAUGUUAUUUAGAAUUACAAAAACCACAAAAAUCUUUUGAAUAUGGUGAGAAAGCAAUGCAUAUAGCAAAUGCUAUGGAGGAUAAACCAUGGCAGUUAAAUAUCAAUGUUUUGAUUGGGCAAUCAAAUUUACAAUUAAAAAAGCGUAAUGAAGCUCAAGAUGCUUUUAACAAAGCCUAUGAUCUAGCUAAAGAACUUAAAGCUCGUGAUGCUGAAAAGGCUAUCUUAGAGGUUAUCGAUGAACUACAAAGCACUGGUAGAGAGAUUGAUACAGAUGCAUUCACUGAUACUGAAGAGAAUGUGGGCUCAGAAGAAUUAACAACUCCACGAAGUAAACCGCCGUCAACAGACCAUCAGAAAAUACAGUCCACUGAACCACAAGAAGGGAUUAAUUAAUCUAAGAAGGGAAAAAGUGUCCAUCUAAUGAAAUGGCUAUUUCUCUCCAGAAAACAAUCAUGUCAAUGAACUCACAAAAAGUUUCCUCUCUUAUUCUCAUAUAAAUAUAUUAUAUUGCCUUCUUUCUAUUUAUGACAGAUUAUGAAUUAUGAUUGAGUAAAAAAUUUCAAA